AUGGAAGCCAAUCGCAGCCGUCUGCUGACCACAGCUCGUCCUUAUCUCCAGGUUGUUUCCGUAUUCGGACUCACUCCUCCACCUAUAUUCUUUACCAGGACAGUGCGCAGGCGACGUAGAGGCUACUUGAUAGUUGGAUACACUUGCUAUUUGCUCGCAAUUCUUCUGGUGAUUAUCUACGAGUGCUACGCCAACAUUGUGGCCCUACACCAGGAACUAGAUCUCUUCCGUACGGAUGACUUAAGCAGAGUUAUGGGAAGCACGCAAAAGAUUGUAGUGGUACUCAUGGCUAUUUGCAACCAACUGAACAUGCUCUUGAACUUUCGUCGCCUUCGUCGUAUAUAUGAGGACCUGGCGGAUCUGGAGAAGGAUAUCAUUAACUCUUUUCCUUUUAGUGUAGAGGAGCGAGGGAUGAGUUUUCGAUGUCGAUUGGCUAUAUUCGUGGGACUAUGGAUGGUGCUGCUCGUAGGCCUUAUACCACGCUUCACUCUUGUGGGACUGGGACCGUUCCUUCACUGGACAAAUAAAGUACUCACUGAGCUCGUCUUGAUCAUGAUUCAACUCAAAUCUGUAGAGUAUUGCGUGUUUGUGUUCCUGAUCUAUGAGCUAGUUCUUCGGUUGCGUCAUGUCCUCCAGCAGAUCAUGGUAGAACUAGAGGAUUGUAAUUGCCGGACCAGGAUUCAGGAGCUGUGUGUGACUUUAAAGCGCAAUCAGUUGCUCGUCGGACGAAUCUGGAGUUUGGUCGGUGAGAUUGGCGAAUAUUUUACCCUAUCUAUGACGCUGCUGUUCCUCUUCAAUGGACUUACCAUCCUGCACAUUGUCAACUGGGCUCUCAUAAAAUCCAUCAAUCCGAACGAUUGCUGUCAAUAUAUGCGCAUCGGGGUGACUUCCUUACUAUCAAUCAAUAUUUUUUUGGCCUGCUUUUACAGUGAGUUCUGCAUCCAAGCGUACAAGAGCAUUUCACGAAUUCUUCACAAGAUUUAUUGCUUACCAAUAACCGAAGAUAAUCAAAUGCUAAAUAUGGGUCUAAGGGAAUACUCCUUGCAAAUGCAACACCUUAAGCUCCACUUCACCUGUGGCCGAUUAUUCGACAUCAAUCUCAAGUACUUUGGAGGGUUGGUGGUCACUAUAUUAGGGUAUAUUAUUAUCCUAAUACAAUUCAAAAUGCAAGGUUUUGCUCAAUCAAAAUAUAUGCAAACUGCUAAUAUCACCGAAUUGAAUGUAUAUAAGAGUUAA